UGCGGCUCUGGUUGCAAUGAGGCCAAAUUUUGCCCUCCUGUUGGCAGCUCUGGCUGGUUGCCUGCUCUCUGCUGGGGCCUGUGUCAUAUGUAGCCCCUCGGUCCAGGAGGCCCUAAAGUCCUUGGAAAGAGAUUACCUGCCUGGCCACCUGGAUGUUCGUCUUCGCAAAUCAGUGAUGAGCAAGUUGGUGAAGUCACUAACCGCUUUCAAGGAUUUGCCAUUAAAUGAGGCAUCUUUUAUGGGGGUCAUUGAUGAGACCACAUUGGAAAAGGCAUCCUGGAGUUUGCUGAAAGAUCUGAAACGCAUCACAGACAGUGAUGUAAGCGAUGACCACUUCGUGAGGGAGCUACUCUGGAUGUUAAAGCUGCAAAAGGAAACCUUUACCAAAUAUGUGGCUCAGUUCCAAAAAGAGGCUUUUUGUCCCAACAAAUGUGGUGUUAUGUUGCAGGCUGUGAUCUGGUGCAACCACUGCCAAAAGCAGAUUCAUCCUUGUCGAAAGUCUCCUGAUUGCGGGGAACGCAAUGUGGAGGUCCAUGAAAUGGAAGAUAUGAUCCUGGACUGUGAGUUAAGCUGGCAUCGGAUGUCUCAAGGCCUCUCCAAUUACAGAUUUUACAGGGUUUGGGGGAACAAAUCUGAGACUUUGGUGUCCGACGGAAAAGAGCCCACCCUGACCAAACCCAUGGUGGGUGCGGAGGAUGCAGGCAAUUACCGCUGCGAGUUGGGCUUGGUGAAGUCCAGUCCAGCCACGAUCAUUCACUUUCAUGUUACAGUGUUGCCCAAAAGGUCCCUGGUGGAGACACCAUCACCAACCACUGCAACAACAGCAGAGGGCAUGACGACCUCGGAGUUGUCCACACCCCUUCUGUCUUCGAAAUCCGAUGAUAUGCUGAAAGACCGCCUUGCCGGGCUGCUGAUGUGGAUCUCGCUGGUGCUGAUAGUUUGCCUCGUCUUAGCCAUGUUUUGUCGAAAGAAGGUGAUAGAUUACAUAACACUUAAACUGUGCGGCGCUAACCAAGAAGAGGAAAAGAAAUCCCAGGGUUCAUCAUCUCGGGCUCCAUCACGGGCUCCAUCUCAGGCUCCAUCUCAGGCUCCAUCUCAGGUUUCAUCCAGGGUUCCAUCCCAGGUUUCUUCAACCCAGGUUCCAACGAGAACAUCCUCAGACUUAAAGAGCGAAUAAAGAUUCAUCUUGUUUAAGUAUCUGACUCACUCCUCCAGACUGAUCCUAACUUUUGGUAUCCUGAAAAGAGAGGCUGGGGGAUGGGCUC